UACAACAAAUCAAAAAGGGCAACGUUUGUAUACCAAACGACAUCAUCCAACUUUUCGUGCGUUUUGCAGUGAAUUCAAGUUAAAGAGACAUGGUAAAGCAGACCAUACAGAUCUUUGCACGCGUCAAACCCACAAAGACUACGACAUCGGUUUACUGUGUGGACAAUGAGCAGGCGACAGGGUCCUUACUUGAGUUCAUGGUACCCAGGGACCUGGCUGACGGCUUCGUAAACAAUAAGAAGGAGAGCUACAAGUUCAGGUUCCAACAGGUUUUUGAUCAAACAGUCAAGCAGGAGGACAUAUUUGCGGCCAUUGCCAAACCAGUGGCAGACAGUGUGUUGUUGGGUUACAAUGGUACCAUCUUUGCCUAUGGCCAGACGGGCAGCGGAAAGACGUUCACCAUCACGGGAGGAGCUGAGCGCUACAGUGACCGGGGCAUCAUCCCUCGCAUGCUGUCCUACUUGUACCAGCACUUUAGCCAGGACAGCAGUAUGGUGUAUACCACCCACAUCUCUUACCUGGAGAUCUACAAUGAGGUGGGCUAUGACCUGCUUGAUCCCCAACAUGAGGCCUCUCGCCUGGAGGACCUACCGAAAGUGACCAUCAUGGAAGACCCAGACCAGAACAUACACCUAAAAAACCUUUCACUCCAUCAGUCAUCCAAUGAGGAGGAGGCUCUCAACCUGCUCUUCUUAGGAGACACCAAUCGUAUGAUUGCAGAGACUCCUAUGAAUCAGGCAUCCACGCGCUCCCACUGCAUAUUCACUGUGCACGUGUGUGGGCGAGAUCCGGGCUCAGCCAUAGUGAGGCGAUCCAAGCUUCACCUGGUAGACCUUGCCGGCUCAGAGCGUGUGGGCAAGACGGGGGUAGGUGGGCAGCUGCUCACGGAGGCCAAGUACAUCAACCUGUCGCUCCACUACCUUGAGCAGGUCAUCCUUGCUCUCUCAGAGAAAAAACGCACGCAUAUUCCUUACCGGAAUUCUAUGAUGACUUCUGUGCUGCGGGACAGUCUGGGAGGGAACUGCAUGACCACCAUGAUCGCCACUGUGUCUGUGGACAGGAGAAACGUGGAUGAAUCCAUCUCAACAUGUCGCUUUGCCCAGCGUGUCGCACUGAUCAGAAAUGAAGCUCUACUGAAUGAAGAGCUGGAUCCUGCACUGGUGAUUGUGCGUCUGAAGAGGGAGAUCCAAUCCCUAAAGGAAGAGCUCUCUAUGGUGACCGGGGUGCAGAGAGGAGACCAGCUAUCUCAAGAGGAGAUUCACAGUUUGGAGGAGCUAGUGAAAGUCUUUCUGGAUGAUGCUGAUCCUGAGGUCACGCUGGCAUUGGGACCUGACAUGAGAAAGAUCCAUUACUGUUUCUCUCUGCUUAAGGUAAUGAUACGGGAGAAGUUGUUUAUUGGAGAAAGGUUGGGUGACCACCGAGGUCCCUCUCCACCUGUGGGUGUGCUAGACCAACAGGACAGCCCCCAGCUCCUGUCUGCAGAACUGAAGAAACUGAGGGAAAUGUUGACUCAGCGUGAUAACGAAAUAAGUAUCCUGGUGUGCAUGCUGAAAAAGGAAAAGAUGAAGGCCCAGGACAUUGCUGUUCAACUAGCCAACAUCUCCAGUGGUCACCUGGCCCCACAGAGGUCUCUGAAGUUGUCUACAUCAUCACUCACAGAGGGCACAGGAGAGGUCAAUGCAGUUGAUGACCUUGGUGCAUUGCCUAGUCUUUAUGGGAAAAAAGGUACCGCACUGUCAUUGGGCAAGCAGGAGGCAUUUGAAAUCUUCAGGAGGGAUCACAAGAACCAGAUUACCAUUGAGGACAACAAGGCCCUGCUUAAACAGAGGUUUGCUGAGGCUAAAGCGUAUGGUGAACAGGUGAACAAAGCCAGAAAUAGAGUCAAUGAACUGAAGAAGCAGUUGGAGUUACGUCGGAUGCAGAGAGCCGCUUAUGGUGUUGCUGGCAGACCAAUAGAGAAAGAGGAGGUGGACCAUGUGGAAGAAAACAUCUGCAGACAGCUGGAGGAAGAAAAGAAGAGUUACAAGACCACCUUUGGUUGUCUGAAAACAUUAAAGACAGAAAUUGAGCACCUGCAGCUGCUGCUGGAGAGGUCAAAGGUGAAACUCCAGAGAGACUUUCAGGAUUGGUGGGAACAGGAGACUGCCAGAAUACAGGUCCCAAAAUCAAAAGACCGCGUUAGACAAAGUCGAAGUCCAAGCCUUGUGCUUACCGGAGAACCUGUUCUGACCGUUAAUGUGCAAGAUUUUCCAGCACGUGAAGGCUUGACUCAGUCUGCUCAAAACCUUAAGGCCCUGACCUCGACUGAGCUCUCAAAGUCCUCCAUCCCACUGACUGGAGACCAGCAAACAGAUACAGAUAUCCUGGCCUUCAUUAGAGCCAGACACAACCUACUAAACAGGACAGGGCCACCUCAGCCAUGACCUAAAUACUUGUCGUUGCUGCAUCCAAAGCAAGUGGGGAAGUGAAGUGCCACCUGGAAACCUCUGAAUGUGUUAAUAGAUCUAUCCACUUAGUCACAUAUACAUACAGUAUACACACACACAGACCUACCAACCCACUCUCUAUGUAUGCUUGCAUUCUCUGUCUCUAAAACACACACAUACACUGACUUGCUCUUGCUGUCUCACACUCUUUAACCCACUCUCUCACCACCUGACCUACCCUCAUACAUGCAUGCAAUCACACUAAGCUGAUAGAUAUAGUGCAAGAGUGAUGUGACAAUAGCAGUGUAAAUCACAGCCAAUGCCACCUUGUUUGGUCUGAACAAAUAUUUUCCCAAGAUAUCAGAGAGGCUAACCUUUCUGGGUAUUUACAGCAUCCCAGCUGCUCUAAACAACCUGGAUGAUAAUAAGUCCCAAAUGGCACCAUAUACCUCAUUUCUUUCCCACUACCUUUGACCAGGGUCUUGUCUAGAGUAGUACAUUUAGGAAGUAGAAUGCAAUUUGAGAUGCGCAAUGCGUAUAAAAAGAGGGAAUUAAUCCUGUUUUUAGGAUUUUAAUUAAUCCUGAGUAUUAUAAAACAUGUAUUUUGACACUUCAUUGGCCAUUGAUUUCUGACUAUGUAUUGGCUUAUUGUAAAUCUGUCAGAUAGAUAGUGAUAUAAAUCCAUAGAACAGUUAAGUUAUUUUUUUUCAAAAACUGUCUAUGCAAACAAAUACUAUGUAAAUGCUUUUUUUUUUUACUUUACUUUGACAGUGUUAGAAAUCAGCGGCU